CGCCGUCCCUCUUCCAGGGCGCUGGGUCAAAGUGGCCCCCAGGACCGAAACGACUGGCCCCGUUUUCCCAGGAGGCCUUUGCACGUGUGACGAGCCAGGGCUGGCGCCUUGGGAGACGCCCUGCGGGAGUUCUCAGAGCGCAGCCCCGGGCGUCCCCAGGCCAGGCGGGCGGGGACGGUCCUCCGCCGAGUGCAGGGGGCCUGGCGGCCUCCUCCAUGCCAGGGCUCCCGGGGCGGAGCUGCCCGUGCUGGACAGCGCGGUGGGGACAGGACCCAGCCCACGCAGACACUCUAUCGGGCUGGAAAACUCAUUAACUAUUUACCCGAGGCCACGGGCUCGCCGUUGCUCAGGGCGGAUCACGUGGCCCAGAAACCCGGGAGGCCGCCCGCACGGCGUCUCCGAGGGGCCGGAGUAGGGACUCCUGUGCCGAGGGUAAGGGGCGCCGUGGGCAUGGCUGGGGCGGGGGUGCGGGGGGAGCGGGAGGAGGAGGAAGGAAGGCCCCCGUGGGUGCGGAGGCCAUGGGGCGAGGUGACUGCGGCGGGAGGGAGAGACGAGUUUCUGACUUCUGAGGGUUUGGGGCCCCAGGAAGGGAGAGAGCAGGGGAGACUCAUUACGUUCCGUCCUCGACGGGGAUGCCGAGCCCCCUCUUCCCGUCUGCCCCCCGAGGGAGGUCGGCCCCACGAAGCCACACACCGGCGUCUGUCCCCGGGGGUCUGCGGGCCAGGAGGCUGUGUCUUCCCCAGCAGAGGCUCACGGGCCUGGCUGGAUGGCGGGUGGCAGGGUCGCCUGCCGGUGCCUGGGCUGCGGGGCGCAGACCCUGGGGCUGCCCUGAGGUGCAAGGGUGCCCUUGCGGGGGUGGGGUCGGCGGCGGGGCACCUGAGGGCUGGCACCUGUGCAGCCUGGCUCCUGCUCCCCCCAGCCCACCGGCAGCUGACAGACCGCCGGCGCUCCGGGGUCUGCACGGCCCCUUCUCUGCACGCCCACCCCCCCCAGGCAGCCUCCCCAUUUCGGUGCAGCGGCUGCAGGCAGACCGGCCAUGUGGGCGCUGGCAGCCCUCCUGCUCCUGGCUCCCAGCAGUGGGCACGCCGCUGCUCUGGAGAAGCCCACACUGUCCCUGCAGCCGCCCUGGACCACCGUCUUCAAGGGGGAGCGGGUGACGCUGCGGUGCGACGGGCACCACCCCCUGGUCGUGGAGCUCCGGCCGGUCAGCACCCUCUGGUACCUGGGCCACCUGCUGCUGCCCUCCCACGGGAGGAGCUUGGAGGUGCAGACCCCCGGGGUGUACCGGUGCCAGACCCGGGGGGCGCCGGUCAGCGACCCGGUCCACCUCUCUGUGUCCAAUGACUGGCUGAUUCUGCAAGUGCCCUACGCCGCGGUGUUCGAGGGCGAGCCGCUGGUCCUGCGCUGCCGCGGCUGGUACGACAAGGCGGUGUACAAGCUGCACUAUUACCGCGACGGCCAGGCCGUGCGCUACUUCCACGCCAGCGCCAACUACACAGUGCCGCAGGCGCGCGCCGGCGACAGCGGGCGCUACCAGUGCUCCGGCACCAUGCGCAUCCCCGUGGAGAGCGCGCCCAUGUUCUCCUCCAAGGUGGCCGUGACCGUGCAAGAGCUGUUCCCGGCGCCGGUGCUGAAGGUGGCGGGCCGCGCGGAGGCCGGCGGGGUGGUCGUGCGCUGCGAGACGCGCCUGCACCCGCGGAAGAGCGCGGUGCCGCUGCAGUUCGCCUUCUACAAGUACAGCCGCGCGGUGCGCCGCUUCGACUGGGGCGCCGAGUACAGGGUCCCCGAGCCCGAGACCGAUGAGCUGGAGUCUCACUGGUGCGAGGCGGCCACAGCCUCCCGCAGCGUGCGGAAACGCAGCGCGUGGCUGCGACUGCCCGGGCGCGGGCCAUCUCGGGACGCGUCCACGGCCGCCCCGGGCCCGCAGGCUGCACCCUUGGCGCCUGGGAACAAGCCUCUUUCCUUCCGAAAGCCGCUGGUGUCCACGUCAGUCCCGUCGGUCAUCUCCGUCCCUAACGCCACUUCAGCCGGGCGGCGGGACCCCGCGGGCAGAGGCCCCAGCGCUGCGCCAGCCGGCUGCGCGCCACCAAAGCCCACGGAGCAAUCCUUUGGGGCCCUGCGAUCCGACGUGGACCUGCUGCUCCGAGAGAUGCGGCUGCUCAAGGGCCUUCUGAGCCGGGUGGUCCGGGACAUGAGGGACCCUCAGGCCUUCCCGGAGGCGGGGGCAGCACUGGGAACGCCCACCACUCACUGGGCAGAGACCCAGGGAGCCCCGGCGGGGAGCUGAGGGGCAGCCCCGUGCCCUCACCAGGCCCGCCUGUCCCCAUCUCUUCUGCUUCCUGUCACCUGAGGCCCUUGAAAAACCAUCUGUUCGUGGCCUUUGUUUUCUGCGGUUUUUCAGAAGCACAUAAAGUGUGGUCGCCACAAUGGGUCUGGACGCGUGCUUGAGGGGCAACCGCCCGCCCCCUCUGAUCGCUUCCUUCCCUGCAGCGCGCAGGAAGGAAGUGGGCCCGU